AUGUCACCACCACGAGAUCACAAGAAGCAAAAAAUCGCCCAAAAUCAAUACUCAGGAUACACCAUCUCGUCUUCAACAAGCGAAAUAACCACAAUCGAUUUAUCAACAUCUUCAACAACACCACAGGAUUUUUUCAGUGAAUACAUAUCCAAACGUAAACCAGUGAAGAUAAUCGAUAGCGACAAGAAUUCACAGUUUGUUGAUGUUGAAAAAUUUCAACUAAGAAAUUUAAAAACGACGUUAAAUUACAAUGAAGAGCCAUUACAAGUAGAGGAAUUGUUUCAAGGUGGAUUUGGACUGGGCCAGAAGCGUAUUGAUAUGAAAUUGAGUGAUUUGAUUGAUGAGUUUAAAAAGGGUGAUCGAGAAUUGUACUUGACUACUCAAUAUGAUCGAGAAGAGGAAAACGAAGAGGAAGUAGAAGAAGAAGAGAACGAUGAAGAGGAGAAAGUAAAUGAUGCUGAUGAGCUGGAGAAAGAAGAUGCAGAAAAAGAAGAGGCUGACGAGGAGGAAGAUGAAGGCGCAGGAUUGUUUGAUCAAAUGUCAAAUGCAUCCUCCAUAAAUAUGAAUGAUCUUCACGAUGACUUUGACGAUUUCGACAAUCUUUCUAAUGACAACGAUGAAGGCGAUUCCGAAUAUGAAGCUUAUCAACGAGUCAGGACCUUGUACCAACCACCACUAACUAAUCUUGCAAAAUCACCACUAGUCUUACCCACGAAUCCACCGCUUAUACCCAAUUUAAUACCCCAACAGAUAAAUAUUUGGAUGGGAAAGACGUCACACAAAUCCAAUAGAACUCAGUUCUCCAUAGAUACAUCUCAACAAUUGACUAAAUUAGAUCGAAGUAUACCAAACAAUGGUACAAGUUCAGGACUACAUCAUGACCAUGCAGAUAACUUAUAUAUCCUAGUUCAAGGACGCAAACGAUUUACGAUUUAUAGUCCAGCAGAUGCAAUGAAGUUGUAUACCGUGGGUAAAGUUUACAAAAUUUUCAGCAAUGGAGUUAUUGAUUACGAAACAAGUGAACAGUUUCCUAAUUGGCGACUGAUUCGUGAUGAUGGUGCUAUGAUUGAAGAUGUAUUGAAUUGGCAAAUAAGCCAAGCUGAAGAUGAAGAUGAGAUUGAGAGAUUGAAUGAAUUACUCGAUCUUCAAGAAUCGAAAAGAAAAUCAAUAAACUCCAAUAGUCAGAAGAGCAAGGAAGCAAAGUUUAGUGGUGAGCAAUCACAAUCGAAAGAUCCACCUAGUUUUUCAAAAAUCCCCCCAUCAUUAUUACACAUUGAUGAAGUAGAGGAUGUCAAACAACAGGAGAAACUAAUUGAAUUUGCCAAUACUCAUUUCCCAGGGUUUCUAAAGUUGAAUAAUAUAACUAUAUGGUUGAGUCCAGGAGAGAUGUUGUACCUACCAGCAAGUUGGUUUCAUGAAGUCUCCAGCUUUGGCAGUGAUGAUGACGAUAACGAUGGCGUCCAUAUUGCAUUAAAUUAUUGGUUUGUGCCACCAAAUACCGACAAUUCUAAUAAUAGUUACAAGGAUCAGUAUUGGGAACAAGAUUGGCAAGAGACGAUGAGAGCUAUAGACGUAUUCAAGAAUGCAGCCAAAGAAGAAAACGCUUAA